AGUACUUUAUUAAAUUUAAAACAAAACAACAAAAAAGUUUUAAUAUCUAUCGGAUUAUGGAUAAGUGGGCGAAUAAAGUAGUUGUUGUAACUGGUGCAAGUUCUGGUAUUGGGUAUGGUAUUGCUAAACGAUUAACUAAAUAUGGUUUGCAGGUGAUUGGCUUAGCAAGACGUGUGGAACGAAUUCAGAAGCUGGCAAGUGAGUUGGCAAAUGAAUCAGGAAAACUGCAUCCUAUCAAAUGUGAUAUCACAAAUGAUAAUCAAGUCACUGAGAUUUUUAAUAAUAUUAAAAAACAGUUUGGUGGUAUUGAUGUAUUAAUUAAUAAUGCUGGUUGCGUGACAAAAAAUGAAACACUACUAGAGGGUUCAAUGGAAGUACAUCGUAAUUUAAUAGAAACAAAUAUUUUGGCAUUAACACAUUGUACACAAUUAGCCGUAAAAUCAAUGAUUGAACGUAAUAUAUAUGGACAAGUUAUCAACUUAAAUAGUAUUUAUGGACAUAUUAUACCAAUUGCAAAGCCAAUACCAAAUUUAUAUCCCGCAUCAAAAUUUGCCGUUACAGCAAUUAGUGAAACAUUACGUCAAGAAUUGUACUUUUUAAAUAAUACAAAAAUAAAAGUAGCUAGCUUAAGCCCUGGUUACGUUGAUACAGAAAUCGUACGAACAGAAGAGGGUGAAGUAAAUCCAUUUUUAGCUGAUUUAGAAUUUUUAAAUGUUGAUGACAUUGUUGAGGGUGUUGUAUUUAUAUUAAGUCUUCCAAAUCAUGUUCAGGUGAAUGAAUUAACUCUCCGACAUGUUGGCGAAAAAUUUUGA